UGGAAACGUUACUGAUGAUGACAGAAAAAAUACGCUGUAAUCAAACGAACAGUCCAUUUCCCCGGAGGGUGUUAAUACAUGAAGCGUGACGCUACGUGUCCAAAUAAUUACUAUGCACAUCUAUUUUUUCAAGUUUUUCUGCGUUUGUUUUACGAUGUGAAGCGAAUGGCCGCAGAUACAUGUAUAUGGCUGUUUUAUCAACUUAUAUUUGGGCAGUAACGCUGUUCUCGGUCACUGGAGCUUGGGUAAGGAUUUUUUAACAUCUUCAAGUUAUCUCUGUUGAAAAUAACGAAUCUAAGCAUCUAUCUUAUACGUAUAUGUUCAGCAUGUUUUGUCUCGUCGGCGCUCAGACGCCAUGUUAAUUUAUUAGGUUCAAAUUAAAAACCUAGUGCGCAAAAAGUGCGUUUUGACCUAGCUUACCACAAGUUAAGUCGAACUUUUUGCGAAAACAAUCGUUCAAUUUUGCGGUUUUGCAGGAUAGCUGAAGAUUGGUUAAAUAAUUUUAUCAUGACUUGUGCUAUGUUUUGUUUAAAAAUAAAGCAUUUCUAAGUUGUUUUGAACCUAGUCAAUAGGAUUUUUUUAAAAUCAUAAUGGCUUUGAAGACGAUCAUGUGUUGAAUAACAUUUAACAUUGCAUGAUACCGUACAAAGUUUCAAAUGUGCCUAUGGCAAAUGUGCCUAUGCGGCUCUACAAUUCCCGUUGCAAGUCGUUGCCCUAAGGGAUCUUCGUGCUUUGAAAAUAUGCGCUCCUAAUCUUUCAAACUUCGAUAUUAUCUCUGUCUAGUAUGAAAUAGCGAGAAAUUUGAGAAAUUUGAACAUUAAUACGUAGUAUUAACUGAUUUCCUUAAGUUAAGAGAGGAAACCCAGAAAAUCACACAUUGAUCGACCUCAGUUUUAACGUGAGUUCAGUUGUUGAUCUCCUCAUCGUGUUCUCUCCUUCUUUGACCAUACAGGUGGAUGGUUCCUAUUACUGCAGAAGUGACUGGUAAGUUUUCAUUGUGUUUCAAAAUCAAUCCAGGAUUGCCUCGCUUUACACCAUCAUUAGUUUGGAAACACAAACCCCCCACACAGCCAAUUAGAUGCAAAUUAAAACUAAAUUCAAUCGCGACUUCGACACUUACCGUUUUUCCAACCCUUCAGCCUUAAGUCUUGCUCAUACUUUACAAGUUCCACUUUUUUUCCCCAGUGAUGUUUACCUUUCCAUCUGACGCCUGACCAUCGUAACUUUUGCUUCUCUUUUACUUUUUAACAACUGAACGUUCAAUCGCAAUGCACUGUACACGUCUAGUUGUAGCUUAUAUAACACGUAGUCAACAGAUCUACUGUCCUUCAUAAGGUGGGCCAGAAUUAUCGAGGCAUACUGUGAGGAGCAAUAGGGAAUUGGUUUGGUUUAUGACAAUGUUGAAGAAACCAAAAGUAGUUUUCAUUGAAAGUAAACUCAACCUGUGUUCAACUUGAUUGAUAGGUGAAGUUAUUAGAACCUCCUUGACUGAAGUAGAAAAUUUGGAAGGUUAACAUCCCAACAUGUAAUGAGUUCUGUUGACUUCUCCCUUCUUUUUUGUACUCAUGAUGUAUUCUCUCUUUAACUUUUGGUGACAAAUUUGAUUUGACAUGUUCAACAUGAUUACUGAUUCAACAUGGAAUAUCAAGCUAGGCUGAUCAUAGUAAAUAAUACUUAAGUUUAUUUUUUUCAUGUAGGUGUAAUUAUAAUGAAUAUUGCUGUGGUGAUGAUAUAUGCUGUGACUAUCUCACUGGCUACUGGUAUAUUUGGUAAGUUUUCAGCCCCAUUUCAGGACUGAAUCAAUUUUCAUUACCUUCUUUAACCAUCAGUGGCCAUAAAUCUUAAUUCAGGGAGUAGGGCUAAGGAUACUUGAUAAAUUUAUAUGUAGGUGGGGGUAGGGACUGUAAUUGUAGUAAUCAUAGGCUUAAGUUGUUUGGAAAGGUUACAAGUGAUUUGGAAUGCAACUGAUGUUGUAAAGAAGUACAAAUCAAUUAAUUAUUUCAAAACUAAGAAAAAUUGCUCAACAAAUAGGCCCAGUGCUUUAUUCCAAAUUCCAAAAAAGAAAAAAAGAAAAAUACACUCAGUCACCUUUAAAAAUAAUGCUAACACAUUUUCAACUUUUUACUCUCAAUUUAAUCUUUGUGCAGUGUUCCAGAUGGUUUGACAUGCUCUCAGCCAAAUAGUUUAUAAAAAUAUUUGCUUGUCUUAAUAUUAAGAGCAAAAUCUUCUAAUUUUCAGGCUUAUGACAGGACUUCUGCUGUCUACUCUGAUGUUAGUAUGCUGCUGGUUGCGUUACCACAGAUACCACUCCAGAGAAUCUAUUGAGUCAGCAAAAUUAGGCUACGUUCCUGUACCUGGGGCUGUGAUGACAUAUGGGGAUGAGUAUUUCAUUCACCAACAGCCACGUCAGGCACCAUUGGUGCGUGAACCUCCACAGUUCAAAGCUGCAUUGGAAUAUGCAGCACAACAGCAUGAGAGUUCAAGAUAUUAUCCACCUCCUUAUAACUAUAUAGAGAGACGGACACCAAGUGCCCCACCUGAACCUAACAAAUGAAUGAACUAACUGCUGUGAUCAGUUCUGUGCAAAUGGUCAAAUGUUUUCAAUACUUAUAAUAAUGAUGAUCCCUGCUGGGAAUAAUUUUCCUAGUAGAGCCAUUCCAUGGCUUUGCCCACCUUGAAAAGUUUAGCGCAAAUUUGUAAAGUUAUUAUUGUUUCAUUGUGAUGUAGCCUGGUAGUUAAAGGUUUCAAUCUGUUUAUAAGGAAAUUCUCUGAAUGUCCAAAUGUUCCAAAGUCUUUGAUUUACCUGACUUGACCUUAAUGCAAUAACUACUGAUCACCACAAGACACUGGUAUCUAUCAAGGCAAAGAGUGGUUUGUGGCAAUCAGAAAUAAUAGGCUCAAGAAUAUACUUUGAUAACACUGUGGCCAGAGAUAUGCAAUUAUUAUGUCAGUUAAUUUAAGGCUUACUGCAACCUGAAAAAAUUAGCCUGAGCCUUUAGAUUGGGAUCAAGUUGCUCUUCAUUACAGUAAUAUUGAGAAAUUAGGGAGGAAAUGAUAACAAUAAGCAGUGAGAGUUUAAGUUGCCAUCAUUUGAGAUUCAUUAAAAUUUAACUUCAGACACAAACAUGUGUUAGGCUUUGUAAAGGGAACAUUUUUGAAAUGAAAUCAAUUCAACUCUGAUGGUCUCUAUAAGAAAAAUCUCAACUUUCUUAAAGGUAUUUGUCAAAAACUAGAAGAAAAACAGUUUGGAAAACAUUUAGCUUUAAUUCUACAAAAUAAGGAGGUGCUAAAUAUUUUUGUCAAUUUUUUUAACCUCAGAAAGAGAAAACUUAAAAUAAAGUUUACU